GAAGUCGUUGUGCACGGCUGCUUAUCACAGGACUAGAAAGGACAUUCAAUAUAUUACUCAGUAGUGAAAAGUGACGAAUCAAUAAGCCAAAAAAAUAUACGUUCCACAUACAAUCCACUCUUGCCUCAUCAAAAUCCAAUUCACUUGGAUGCGAAAAGUUUUCGAAAUCGAGUCGCUGAAACAAAAAUUAUAUGAUCCACAUGUAAUUCACACGCGCUAUAAAUGUAUCUGAUAUAAGAAACUAAAAAAAAAAUCAUAUAAACCAAAAUCACAUUUCACAUAAAAUCCACAAGUGUUAUAUUUAAACAAGUUACGUUCCACAUAGAAUCCUCAUUGGAAAAAUUGACGAAAACUAAGUUUCACGCGGGCUGAAAUGUAUGAUAGUGUCAAAUAGAUAACAACAUACAAAUACUUACAUUCCACAUAGCAUCCACAUGCAAAAAUUGGAGGAAAACGAACUGCUGAACCAAAAAACAUACUUGCCAUAAGAAUAACAGAUAUAUUACUGGAUAAAAAACAGGCCUAUAUUACAUUCCACACAGCAUCCACAUGCGUUCCACAUUGCCAAACAUGUGCUUGAUUGUGAUUUUUGUGUUACUUUUCAUCGAUUCCACCGUUCCUCACAUUCCGCGCAUACGCCGCCAGAAUCGCUCCCAUCAGCUGUUGGACAGCAUUGGAAUUCAGGCCAAGCACUUCAAUCCCUUGCGUCCGGUUAGCAAUGCUCUGCCGGAGUAUACGGACAUAGAUCGGAAUUAUCGCCAGCUGCUGCUCGGCACACGCAGCACAGCGUUGAACUGGGCGCUGCGGGAUAUCGAGGCGCUUUACCGGCGCAGUCGGCACGAGGGCAAAUGGCAAACUCUGAUACCCAAUCACGUGCCGUUUCCCUGUCCGCUGAAUAAUACACGUUCCCGCACGCCGCCCACGUCCGUGGAGCGCUUGCGACCCGGCGAUAUAGACAUCGUAGCUGCGCUGGGCGAUUCCCUGUCCGCUGGCAAUGGCAUUAUGUCCUACACGGCGCUCGACCUGAUCAACGAGUUCCGCGGGCUGGGCUUCUCGGGCGGCGGUCUGGGCAAUUGGCGCACCACGCUGACGCUGCCAAACAUACUGAAGGUGUUCAAUCCGCAGCUGUAUGGCUAUGCGACGGGCCACGGCCUGGUUGUGAAUCAUCGCACCUCACGUCUGAGCAUUGCCGAGCCGAUGAUCAUGUCGCACGAUCUGCUAUAUCAGGCGCGCGUGCUGAUCGAUCUGCUGCAGCGCGAUCCCCAGGUGGACAUGCUGCGACACUGGAAGCUGCUCACCGUGUUCGUGGGCAGCAAUGACAUCUGCUCCGACAUGUGCCACUGGACGGAUCAGCGGGCGCUGCUCGAGAGGCAUGCGCGCGAUCUGCGCUUGGCGUUUCGACUGCUCCGCGACAAUGUGCCCAGGCUGCUCAUCAAUUUGAUAGCGGUGCCCAACAUCUUGCUCACGAUGAGCCAGCUGAAGGGCGUGCCGCUGCAGUGCUAUCUGGUGCAUCGCAUUGGCUGCCAUUGCCUGAUGAGCGAUCGGCUGACACACGCCCAGCUGCAGCAGCGCCAGGACACAAUUUUGCGCUGGCAGCAGCUGGAUUUGGAGGUAGCACGUCUGCCCGAAUUCCAGCGCAAGGAUUUCGCCAUUAUUGGCCAUCCCAUGAUCACAAAUAUGACCGCGCCCAGGCUGCCCAAUGGCAACACGGACUGGCGCGUCUUCUCCCACGACUGCUUUCACUUUAGCCAGCGCAUGCAUGCGAUUGCCUCCAACAUGCUAUGGAACAGCAUGCUUCUGCCAGAUGAGCACAAGCCGCGGCCCAAUCAGCUGCCGGAGCUCUUUGAGCGGUUCCUGUGCCCCAGCAAAGAGCAGCCCUACCUUGUGGUGCGGCCCAGCUGAGAGAGCUGGCCACAAGCUAAACCUAAUUAAGUACCUUUGACCCUGCGGGAGUACAGCUGUCUUGUGAUUUUUUUAAAUUUUAAUAAUAAAUUGCAAAUGCAAAUGCAAGUCUUACGGAAAUUCAAUAUUUCAUUCGUUACAGAACCUGAUUUAUUUUCCUAAAGCCAGUUUUAGGCUUUUCGGCUUUAAAAUAGGUGAUUGUUAAAUAAUUA